CUACUUCUCCAGGGAGGAGUGGGCAGAGAUGGGAGAUCAGGAGAAAGGUCUGAACGUGAAGAGGAACUUCGACAGGCUCACCAGCCUAGGCAGGCCACCGAGCUCCAGGAGGAGGACCCUGAGGACUCCGAUGAAGAAUGGGCUCUGAGGCAGCAAGGUGAGGGGCAGGAGGAACCAGAGCUGCCCUUCUGACACGGACCUGGUUUAGGUCAGGCUGCAUCUCAGGACAUAACCAGGGAACAGGGUUUGCUUGUGCAGCGAACAAGCAAGAUGCAGAACAGAAUGUAUGAGGGGCUAUUCCUGUAAACUUUCAAGCAUGCAACAUAAUCAUAUACUUACAGAUACACUAAUAAGCAGUAAAUGUAUAAGAACAUAGAAGUGAAUAAGAAUUAACUAAUUCAGAAUAGUCAUCGCAAGAGAGGGAGGAAGGUCCGGCAAGUGAGGAGUGUCCCUACACCUGGCUGCCCGAUGGCCUACAUGGAGACCGACGGGGAACAGUAUUAACACGUGAAACCGUCUUGGGUGGCCUUCAGAACGGAACACAGUAAACAUAAGAAGGCAACAUCCAAGAUACCAUUAAGCAAUGAAUACAGUUUGAAGGAAUUGUCAGGAACAGCAAAUUUGAUGACUGCAAGUGACUCAGAGCAGGCCCAACCACCAGUGUCCCCUCCUGGAGAAGUAUGUGCCUUUGGAAAGCACACUAGACGAAAAUCAGAACUCAAGAGAAAGGAAAUGGAUGUGAAGAUGUACAACCUACGAGAAAUAAAGGGCCAUGUGUACCAAGAUAUCAACGAGCCCCAGGAUGAUGACUACCUUUAUUGUGAGAAGUGUCAGAACUUCUUCAUCGACAGCUGUGCUGUACAUGGGCCCCCUACAUUUGUAAAGGACAAUGCAGUGGACAAGGGGCAUCCCCACCGCUCAGCCCUCACCCUGCCCCCUGGGUUGAGAAUCGGGCCGUCCAGCAUCCCUGAGGCUGGGCUUGGAGUGUGGAAUGAGGCAGCUGAUUUGCCAGUGGGUCUGUACUUUGGCCCUUAUGAAGGACACAUCACAGAAGAUGAAGAGGCAGCCAAGAGCAGAUACUCCUGGCUGAUCGCCAGAGGGAGAAACUGCUAUGAGUAUGUGGAUGGAAAGGAUAAAUCCUGGGCCAACUGGAUGAGGUUUGUGAACUGUGCCCGGAAUGAUGAAGAGCAGAACCUGGUGGCCUUUCAGUACCACAGGCAGAUUUUCUACCGAACCUGCCGGGUCGUCAGGCCAGGCCAUGAGCUGCUGGUCUGGUGCGGGGAUGAGUAUGGCCAGGAGCUGGGCAGCAAGUGGGGCAGCAAGUGGAAGAGAGAGCUCAUGGCCAGAAGAGUGGAACCAAAGCCAGAGGUGCACCCAUGUCCCUCCUGCUCUCUGGCCUUCUCCAGUCAGAAAUUCCUCAGCCAACACGUGAAACUCAAUCAUCCCUCUCAGAUUCUCCUGGGAACAUCUGCAAGAAAACACCUCCACAAAAAGGAGCCCUGUCCAGAGCAUCAGAAUCAGCAGCAACAUACUAGUACGCACAGCUGGAAUGAUAAAGCUGAAGGUCAAGAGCUCAAAGAAAGGUCCAAACUUUUGCUAAAAAGGACCAGUCAGAGGAGAAUCUCAAGACCCUUUUCCCAACCUUCCAAAGAACGAAUGAGGAGCUCUAGUGAGUAUGAGAGAAUGAUGGAGGAAGAGCCCCACAGAAGCCAGAAAGAGAGUCCAGAGGGCACAGGCAAGUUACUUGUGAAAGGACGAAUGUCAAGAACAAUCAAGCAUGGAGGAUGUUGGCAAGGCUUAAAUGAUAGGUCACAUCUCAUCACACACCAGGGGACACACUCAGGGGAGAAGCCCUAUGUUUGCAUGGAGUGCAGGCGAGGCUUUACAUGCAAGUCAGGUCUCAUCAGACAUCAGAAGACACACUCUGGGGAGAAGCCCUAUGUUUGCAGGGAAUGUGGGCGAGGCUUUCCGUGGAAGUCAGUUCUCAUCACACACCAGAGGACACACUCUGGGGAGAAGCCCUAUGUUUGCAUGGAGUGCAGGAGAGGCUUUACACACAAGUCAUAUCUCAUCCAACACCAGAGAACACACUCAGGGGAGAAGCCCUAUGUUUGCAGGGAGUGUGGGCGAGGUUUUACCUGGAAGUCGGUUCUUAUCACACACCAGAGGAUACACUCAGGGGAGAAGCCCUAUGUUUGCAGGGACUGUGGGCGAGGCUUUAAACAGAAGUCACAUCUCAUCAAACACCAGAAGACACACUCUGGGGAGAAGCUCUAUGUUUGCAGGGACUGUGGGCAAGGCUUUACACAGCAGUCACAUCUCAUCACACAUCAGAGGACACACUCUGGGGACAAGCCCUAUGUUUGCAUGGAGUGCAGGCGAGGCUUUACACGCAAGUCAUGUCUCAUUAAACACCAGAGAACACACUCAGGGGAGAAGCCCUAUAUUUGCAGGGAGUGUGGGCGAGGCUUUACGCAGAAGUCAUAUCUCAUCAAACACCAGAGGACACACUCAGGGGAGAAGCCCUAUGUUUGCAGGGAGUGCGGGCAAGGUUUUACCUGGAAGUCAGUUCUCAUCACACACCAGAGGACACACUCUGGGGAGAAGCCCUAUGUUUGCAGGGACUGUGGGCGAGGCUUUACGCAGAAGUCAUAUCUCAUCAAACACCAGAGGACACACUCAGGGGAGAAGCCCUAUGUUUGCAGGGAGUGUGGGCAAGGUUUUACCUGGAAGUCAGUUCUCAUCACACACCAGAGGACACACUCUGGAGAGAAGCCCUAUGUUUGCGGGGACUGUGGGCGAGGCUUUACACAGAAGUCACAUCUCAUCAAACACCAGAGGACACACUCUGGGGAGAAGCUCUAUGUUUGCAGGGAGUGUGGGAGAGGCUUUAGACAGCAAUCACAUCUCAUAGGACAUCUCAUAGGACAUCAGAAGGCACACUGAGGAACUACAAUUCUCCAAGACUGUAAUUAGUACAGAAGUAACUGGUUAAAGGAACCCUCCAGUUUCAUGACAACAGAUGAAAUGGACAAACAGUUCCAUAGUGAUAUGGGGAUGUCAGCACCAAUCUCCUUCAUGGUUUUUUGAACUAUUCUUAAACAUUUUGUCUCCAUACACAUCCCUCAUUUUCCCCAUCACUGAAAUCAGAGGGUUCCUGAAAAGGCACAAAGAACUCAUACUCUCAGCCACAGAUAUUCAACUUCUGGUAAUGUAUAAAUCUGGAAUCAGUCUAUGUUGGUUACUGCCCAGAGAGAGGGAUCUGAGACAGACUCACCAGAGAAGGGAAUUCGCCAGACUCCUGGACAGGGGGCCUUUUCUCCUAAUCAGCUCCCUACCCCUCCUGCCUUGGCUUCUCUUGCUUCUUCUGGUUUCCUACAACCUCUGGAGCCUCAGAGGUGAAUGGCCGGGAGAGAUGGAUGCUUGUGCAUGGACGUGAGCUGCUCAGUCUGGGCACUUGGUCUUCCUCACUCUCCUUGCUGCCUUUUCAGGGUCAGCAUUUCCUGGUGCACAGCAUACAGAUUCCAUAUCAGUCCAUAGUGGGUGUGAGUCUCGGCUCUGUCUUCUCCAGCUGUGUGAUGUAAGGCAAGAUUCUCAACUCUCUGCCUGCUUCCUAGUCAGUUCAAUGGAAAUGGGAACUUCAGCCUUGUGGUUUGAUAUUCAAAGUUGAGUCAGCACAGACAGAAUCUGGCAAGAGGAUCCCUGAGAUCGCAAGUCCUACCGAACAACCUUCGGUGCCCGUGUCUUCCUGGUCUUUAGUGCUGGACAAAGGAAGAUUAGGACAAGGGUGUUUAACCAAAUUCAGAAUUUGAGUAGACCCCACUGCUUUCCCCACACAGACUGAGCUGCCCUGAGAAGGAAACAUGAGGUUGGGAAUGUGCCUCCCUCCCAAUCACCCUCUCACUGGGCCUGGGCAUCCUCAGAGCCUCCUCAACACAGGCAGGUAGUACUGAGAGUGGCCUGUGAAACAAGACCCUCACCCACCCCUUGCUGAGAACUGACACUGAAACAGCACCUGUCUGCACUGGGGUGUUAGGUGGGAUAGACGGUGAGCCAAGACAGGGAGGGCGAGGAAGACGUGUCACCCACUGACUCAGCAGUCCAACGCCUGGUCCAAUUCCAUUGCCAGAUGUUCCAGCAUCACAAGAAACACCAUGCUAACAUGUUGAAAUUCUGGGUAUUGUUUCCAAUACCCGGGAAAGAAAGGCUUUCAAACUGUAUUCAUUCCAAGGCCUAGAAGAUGGGAGGGGGUCUACAGCACUCAAGGAAAGGACCCAUAAAACAAAUUUGGUUAAUUCCUUGCCUCUGUCCACUAUCUGUUUUAUGAGAGUGUCCCUAGUGCUUACAGAAAGAGGCCAUUGGAGCACGGGCCUGCGAACCAGACAAUCGCGGUUCGAUUCCCAGUCAGGGCACAUGUCAGGGUUGCAGGCAGGUUCCCUGCAGGCCAGUUCCCAGCAGGGGACGCACGAAAGGCAACCAUACAUUGAUGUUUCUCUCCCUCUCUCCUUCCCUUCCCCUCUAAAGAUAAAUAAAUAAAACCUUUUUAAAAAAAAAAAAGAAAGAAAGAGGCCAUUGGUAACUUUGGGUACCUGCCUCAACUUAAACUGUCUCCUGUCAUGGAUCUAUUUUACAAGAUGGCCAAGUGGGGUCUGAAGCAAGAUAAGGAUUCAGGCUAACAACCCCCCACAUACCUGUGUUUGGGUAGUCCAUCCCCUUGAAAGUCGGCACCACUUUUACCAAAAAUCAAUAUGUAAAUUCCUGCCCCGCAUCCCACCAACUAUGUAAGUCCUCAGGACAAAGAGCCUGGUGCUUUGCCACCUGAGCUCUUGCCUUUCACCCUCACCUCAGCCAGACCUGUCCUCUUCCAUGAGAAUGUGUCACUAACAAACCCUGUUUGCACACUAAUACACUUGCUGAUCUGUAAUCCCUUACUACGUCGGCAAGAAGAACUGAGUUUCUCCUGUGACAGGUGCACCCAAUCUGCACAUGGCAUUCAUGAAGCUCACAAGGCAGCAGCUUCUGUAAUGCACUCUCCUUGUACCUGGGCCCCACAGAGUUUAAUACACCACUGACACCAUCUCGAAAUUAUUACUUAUUGUAUCUUUGAACUUGUUUGUGAACUCUGAUGGAAUAACAGACAUGCACAAUGUUGGUCAUUUCUGGCCACCUGUUCACAAUGGCCCAGGAGCACAAAAUUCCCGUGGACCCAAUGGUAGGAGUCCAGCAAGACUCAAGGUGAGAACGGGGUAAACAUCUACAUCUGCAUAAGCAUAAGGAAGGGUGCCAACAGCUCCCGGAGGUCACCCAAAUUUUCUUACAACCAGAGCCGAGUUCAACACACAGAGAUGUCAAACAUUUAGUGAGGACCCCACCAUACCCUCUCCCACAUGAGGGAGACCUAAGCAUGACAGACCCCAUUAUUGCUUUAGUGGGUUCACCAAAGGGGGACACCCACCCCCAUGACCUGGAAGGAUGAUCUCCGUGCCACAGAUCUAAAGGUCACUGGCUCGAUUACCAAUCCAGGCAUGUGCCUGAAUUGAGGGUUCAGUCCCCAGCUGGGGGCAUGUGAGAUGCAACUAAUAGGUGUUUUUUUUUCUCUUUCUCUCUUUCCCCUUCCCAUCCCCUCUCUAAAGUAAAUAAAAUCUUUUUUUCAAAAAGACACUUGAACAACAGGAAAGUAACAGCAUGCUCUUGUAGAGAAAAAUAUAUAAUGAUCUCCUUUCCCACAGUUACCUAUAAAUGUAAUAUGAUCUAGAUUAAAAUAUCAGCAAAAAAAAUUUUAUUCCUCACCUGAGGACAUGCUUAUUGAUUUCAUGGAGAAGGGAAGGGAAGGGAGAGAAACACUGAUGUGAAAGAGAAACAUCAAAGGGUUGUCUCCCCACUGGGGACCAAACCCACAACCUAGGCCUGUGCCCUGACUAGAGCUUGAACUACAACCUUUCAGUUUAUGGAAUUGUUAUGGGAGAAACUCAGCUCUCCUUGCUGACACAGUAAAGAAUUACAGAUCAGCCAGUCUAUUCAUGAGCAAGCAGGGUUUACUAGUGAUACGUUCUCAUGGAAGAGAACAGGCUUUGCCGAGGUGGGGGUGAGAGGCGUAGAUUCUGGUAAGGGUGGCAACAGGCAAGGACAAGAGUGGCAAGAGCCUUGGGUCCUUGGUCCUGAGGAAUUAGGUAGUUGGCAGGAUGGGAGUGAAGAAGUUACAUAUCAACUGGUGGGUAAAGGUGGUGCCAGCUUCCACAGGGGACGUGACUACCCAAACUUAGGUAUGUGUGGGGGUCUGUUAGCCUGAAUCCUUAUCUCACUCCAGACCCCAUUUGUCCUCUUGUAAAACAAAUAUGUGACAGAAGCCAGUUGAAGCUGGGGCAGUUACCCAAAAUUAUUUACAGGUUUUCUGUAAACAUUAGGUACUCCCUUAUAAAACAGAUGGUGACCAGAGGUAGACAAAUAACCAAAGUUGCCUUGUGGGCUUCUUUUGGGGGCACUGUGGACACCCUCCCACCUACCAACCAGACCUUGGAAUUAACACACAGUUUAAUUCCAAGGCUUUCUUUUCCAGAGCUUUCUUUUCCAGAGAGUGGAAACAAUACACAUAAUUAAAAUACCUAGAAUUCCCUCCUCCCAUGCUACCAUGUGUUUCUCGUAAUGAUCCGAACACCUGGCACUGUUAUCAGAUCAGGCUCAGGACGGCUGACGCAGUGGGUGAGACAUGUCUGCCUCCUCCUCCUUUCCUUAGUUUGCUAUCUAUCCUCCCUAACAGGACAAUGCUGCAGCAAACUGAGCCACAUUGGCCAGGGCUCAGCAAAACUUUUUAAAGUAAAACAAGCUCAAUUUAAGUUUACCUGUUAAAAUAAGGAAGAACUAAAAGGUGUAUUGUAUUAUGAAGCUACAUUAAGUACAACAGUGGAUGAAUGACCUAUGAAUAGACAGAUUGAAGGAAAAGAAUACAGGGUCCAUUAAUACAUACAGAUCCACAUAGAAAUUGUGUUUGUUUUGUUUACUUUUUAAAAAUUUAUUGAUUUAUUUUUCAUUUGGAAAUUCUUCAUUUGCCUCUCACAUGGUCCCAACUGUCAACCUGGCCCACAACCUGGCACAGGUAACCGGGUUCUUGAUGAUUGCAAACAAAGAAUUGAACAGAACACAAAGAGUUUCUAGCAGACAGUUGGAGAGCAGAUUUAUUAAGUGAUAGUACACUCCACAGAACAUGGGAGCAGGGUGACUCCAAACAGAGUGAUUUCAGGAGCUAGAGGGAUUCUAUACCUACACAGUGAUACUUCUUGGCUAGUUUUGGCAGGGUUUUAUUGCCCAUGUACAAGUAGUUCUAUUACUUUAAAGCUACUAUACAUAUGGUCUCCCAUGUUCUUCCUUGACUGACCACCAGGGAAGGGGGUCCC